AUGAACUUUGCCGAUCGAAUUGUUGAGCUUUUCGAAACAGUUCGUGGCUCGAAAUGGACCUUUGUUGCCGGUACAUUCCCAUGGGUAGCCGAUAUUCCUUUAAUCGGAGAUUAUGCAGUUCACAGACAUUUCCGCAAAUUACAGCCAUUCAAAGACUAUUGCCAAGAUGAAUCAAAAAAAUGUAUGGAAGGAUACUCGAUUGAUCAAGAACCAUCAUGCUUUGUGCAGGCGUAUGUGCAAAAAAUGCAGAAUAACGAAGCUGUGAAGAACGAGUUGGAGAUUCAAUGCACUAAUGUGGCCACUGAUUUCUUCUUGGCUGGAAUGGAGACUACAUCGACCUCACUUCAAUGGGCUCUUCGGUAUAUGGCCGCCUAUCCAGAUGUCCAGGAAAAAUGCCGUCAAGAGAUUCUAUCAGCUGUUGGUAAUGAGAGGCUGCCUUCACUUGCUGACAAGAACACUCUCCCCUAUACAAAUGCCACUGUUCUCGAGAUUCAGCGUCACGCGAACAUCAUUCCACUGAACGUUUUCCAUAAAGCGACUUGUGACACGCAUAUUGGUGGACAUCCAAUACCAGAAGGAACAUUAGUGAUUGGACAGAUUCAUCAAGUGCAUAUCGCUGAUCCAGUCUAUCCAAAUCCAGAAGAAUUUCAACCGGAGAGAUUUCUUCAAAAGGAUAUGAAAACACCGAACAAAGAAGCAGUUGAUCGAUUAUCUCCAUUCUCAAUCGGAAAGCGCCAAUGUGCUGGGGAAGGAAUGGCUAAAGUUGAAUUGUUUCUUGGAUUCGCUGGAUUAAUGCAAAGAUACAAAUUCUCUCCAUGUCGUGGAGAGAAAAUCGAUUUGACUCCAGUGCCUGCAAUGGUUCAACAACCCCAACAACAACUCCUAAUCGUUGAAGAAGUAAACGCUAACUUGAUC